CUUAAUUCUCAAGCAACAAUGCAUACAAAAGAAACCUAAAGAGAGAAGAGAGAAAAAAUGGCCAAGUCUUUUUCUAUGUUUCCAACCCUUAUGAUACUCAGCUUCUUCUUCAUCAUCUCUUCACCUCUGAUCAAAGCUGGCUUCCCCAGUGACCUUGACGGUCUAGAUUGGGCCACGACGAGAGUCCAUGGCUCCUCAGGCUGCCACGGUUCAAUAGCAGAAUGUAUUGGGGCAGAGGAAGAGGAGAUGGACUCAGAGAUCAACAGAAGAAUAUUGGCGACUACAAAAUACAUAAGUUAUCAAUCUUUGAAGCGGAACAGUGUGCCUUGUUCGAGAAGAGGGGCGUCUUAUUAUAACUGCCAGAACGGAGCUCAGGCUAAUCCUUAUAGUCGUGGUUGUAGCGCAAUAGCUCGUUGCAGGAGUUAGGUGCCCAUAAACAAGUCUUAUCUCUUCUCUUCUUUAUAGUUUCUUAUAAUUUGUACGUACUCAUAUAAGUUGGUAUGAUCCAUUAAGUGUUUAGCUGUGCUAUAAGCUUUGAAUUAUUCAUGUGUAUACUCUCUUGCACAAAUGAUAGUACAAGGCAUAUGUUUAUUCAAAACCAGGUUUGGUUUGGUUCUUAACUGCGUUCUAAUUGAGUAACCG